AUGGGUUUUGACUUACUUUUGUAUGAGGAAAAAACGAAUUAUAGUGAAUUAAUUAGAAUAGAUACAAAAAUUUCAGCUGAUGAGAUAUGCGAUGAGAUUUUUACAAAUGAAGAUGGUAGUUUGAGUUUAUUUUGUCUUGGUUAGUCAACUUUAAAAUAAUAUUCUUUAGAUUUUCAAAGUAAUGUGACUCUAAUUUUGGAAUACAAUGUUUCAGAAUAAAUAGGGGAUAAAUGCAAAAAAAAAUAAAUUAAAUACUUGUAAGACUAAUAAAUAAUUUUAUUUUAUCAAUGUUCAAAAUGGAAAAUUAUAUUAAUUACAAAUAAUCAAGCAUCUACUUUAAUUUAAGCUUAAAUGAAAUAUUAGUAGGCUUAACUAUCAAGACUUACUUUUAUUGAUGAUGUUUGUUUUUGUGAAAUGAGUUCUAAUAAUCUUCCUAUAUAUCUGAUAGAAAAUUAUUUUUAUGUGAUUGUGUAUCAUCAUGUAUAUGAUAAGAAAAUUCUAAAUUGCCUACUUAUUGAGCUGCCAUAUCGAAUUUAAAAAUUACUAUUAAAUCAGAAAUGUUUAACAAUAAUUUUAGUCAAUGAACUAGAUAAAAAUGAUUCAUCAAUAAUUCAAAAUUAAAAAUAUUAGGAAGUUCUAUUGAAUUAAAAUUAUUCAAUAAAUAAUAUUCAUCUUUAUUCAAAUCUUGUUUUCCUAUAAAACUAAUUUGAAUUAAAUGUAUUAAUAAAUAUUAGGAUCAAUUAGACAUAUCAAAUUAGUAACACCUCAUUGCAUUUUUUUGAUUUUGAUAAUGUAUUCUGCUAAUUUGAUGAGAAGAAAAAUGUGUUAUAAUUUUAUAAAUAUUAACCAUUAAGUGUUUAUAUACAACCUAAAUAAAAGUAUGUAUAUGUAAUAGAGAAAGCCAAUUUAUUUAAAAGAAAUGGUAAUAUCUAAUGUUUUAGAUUGCUAUCCGAAAAUUACACUUAACAAAAAAAUUAGGAAUACACAGAUAUGAUAUUAUUUCAAUAUAAUUGCGAAAAUAAGUAAUAAAUAUUAUGGAAUUCCAAAAAUCCUAAUUACUUUAAAAAUGAUACUUAUAAUAUUUACAGUAGUCAAGGUAAUCUUAAGGUAAGUAUCAGGAACGAUGAGAACGUUUAACACAUCUGUUUUGAAAGAUUCUAUAAAUUAUAUCACCGAGGUAUGUUUUAGUUAAAAAAAAUCACAAAUAGCUACAUCUGUUUCCAAAAUUAAUCUUUUUUUUAUAUCUAUGAUUGCCAACAAAAAAGAAUUGUAAUUUCAUUAAACAUAGAUAAAUAUCAUGUACUUGAAUAUGAUAUAGCCUAUUAUUUUGUUAAUAAAAGUAAUAAUAAUGAUUUGACUGGAAUUUAGUUUUUAGAUGGUUCUCUUUAAUAUUUUAAUUUAAACUUAAAUGAAUUGGUUACAAGUGUUACCAAAAUUUAUUCAAGUAUAUUUCUUUAGACGAACACGUCUAAUUUGCCUUUUAUCAUUUAAAUCAAUUUCGAUAAAAUUGUAAAAUACUACCUAUAAAAAAAUUUAUAUUAGCCUGAACCUAUUCUAUUUUAUUUUGAGUCUAAACACUUAAAAUUAAUCCAAUAUUUAAAGGUUUUAGCAUUUCAAAGUAAAGAAUUUUUCAGAUGCUUUCAAUUUUAAGAAUAAUAAAUUAUUUUUAUUCAAACUUUAGGUAUGUUGGGAUGUUACUGUAUUUUUUCAAUAUAAGAUUAAACUAGAUCUUUAUUUCUAUAUUAUUUAAUUGAUUAGGAACUACAAUAAGUAUAAAAUUACACCUUUUAGAACUAUUCAUUUUAUGAUCCUGUUAAGUACUAAUUUAAUAGCCUUAACUUAGCAAUUUUAAUAGAAUAAAAUAAUUAUCUAUAUAUAGCUAUUUUUUCAUAUAACAUGUCAAGCUUAUAAUUAGAUGAAAUUAUAGCAACUGAUAAUACCUUUUUUAAAUUUGAUACAAAUCUAUUAAUUUUUUCUUUAGAUUAAGUUUGGAAGUAAAUCUCAUUAAAACAAUUUCAAGCGGAAUUAGAGCUAGAUAAUUUUCAGUUAGAUACUGCAUCAUAAACCUUUUCUUUUAGCAAAAAUGAGGAGAGAAGUGUUGAAUUAAAGAUUGAAAAUAAAUGUUUUUAAUUAACUUCUCUUGUGAAAACUUCUAUAAUUGAAAUUCAAUACAAAUAAAAUUUAAAAUUAAAUAUUUCAGAAAUGUUUUAUGGUCCAAUUAGUAAUUUAACAAUUUUAAAUAAUUCAAACGUUGUUUUGAAGGGACCCUUUCAAUUUAUAAAAACACUUAAAAUUUGUGAUGAUUAAAACACAGAAUUAUGUAUUAGACACUAUCAUUUUGAGACGAGAAUAAACGAUAUAAUUUUUGAAGUACUUAUGUAAGAAAAUUAAAUUUUGAGAGUAAUUCGUACAAGUAAGAGGAAUAUUUAAUAUGAUUAUUAUGUAACUUGGAUAAAAUAGUAAUAUUUCCUUUGUGUUUCAUAAUUCAUAAAUUAUCUAGAAAUUGAAUUAAUUGAAUGUUCUGAAAAAUAGGGUUAGAUUUGUAGAAUUAUAUCAAAUCUUAAAGUUGAUUUAACAAUAGAUUAAAUUAAUAUUAUAAAUUCAAAAAGGGUUGGUAAUUUAAUAAAACUGGAAGGUAAUAAUACUCAGGCAUUUAUUGUUAUUGAUAAUAUCAAUUAUAAUAUAAAAAUUUUACCUUGUUUUUUCAUUGAUAUCUAAUAAAUUGAAAAUUCUGAUAAUGAAUAUAUCGUUCUAUAAUAAAAUAUGAUAGAUUCAAAUGAUUUAGAAUUAGCUAUAUACUCAACUAAUUUAAAUUAGACUUACUCAUUAGAUAUAAAUGAAAAAAUCUCUUCAGAAUUCAUUAUAAUUGGAAAUUUUCAUAAAUAAGCAUUUAAUAUCAAAUUAGUUUCAUGUAAGUAUUCUGAAGAUUUAAUUAAAAUUAAACUUCUCAUCAUAGAUUAAUCUUUUUCAGAAUUAGUAUCGUUAAAUUUGAAUAAAUAAAAGAAUUAAAUUUAGUUGGAAUUAUAAAACUAGUUUAGAUAUUAAAUCUAAAACAGCCCUUUUACUGUGAUUGACAGUUAUAUUUUACAAUAUGUAGAUGAUAGCAUUUUAGUUUUAAGAAAUGAUACCGAUGAUUUUUCUUAAUUUUAUUAAAUUCAAGAUGAUAGAAAAUUAAUUGAUUAUUUCCACAGGUCAAAUUUUUCAUAUAAAAUAACAAGAUUAAAUACUACUCAUUUGAUUUUCAGUGAUGCUUAUUUGGAUAUAUUAGUAUUUAUGGAAUAUGAAUUGGAAUUAGAAAAUUAUGACGAAGCUGAAUAAAAUUUUGUAUUGUUUGCUUAAAAUGAGGUAUCAAAUGAAAAAGUAUCAUUUUAAAUACAUAUAAUUAAAAAAAACUUGUCGUUUUCGAACAGUACUUUAUUAAUUUAGAUAACUUGCUUAAUUUUCAUACUCAUUUACAGUAGAUCAAGAAAAGCUAAAUCUAAGAAUCAAAAACCUAAUAGUCAAUGA